UUUGAGUAUUUAAGCAGCUUGUUUUUGUGUAACGGGGUAUGUGGAAUUUCUCUACUCCUUUAAAAGCUGUAAAAGUUAGUUGAAACAACUCUAAAUUCCAUCAGUGAGGGCAUUUAGAAGCGUAUACAAAAGGACGCCUUGCAGCCAUUUUUGGUAAGAAUAUCUAUCAUCAGAGACACUCUUUCACAAAGACAAAGGGGAGAUAGAGCUACGGGGGAGGAAAAGGUCCCAAGCUCUGCCAAUGAUGGACCAGCCUCCCGCUCUCUUUUAAAUAUGUUACUCCUCCUCUAAACUUUUCCUGCCUGGCUUGUGGGCUGAUUGUGGUGACUUUACGGUGAGCCAGGGACGAGUCUGUGUGUGGUUUGUGUGGAUUACUAUUGAGGGCAUGUCAGGAUCCUGUUUGAAUUACUGAAUGACUGGAAGUGAACGUGAUGUCUAAGCUCAGGUUUUGGCUUUGCCUCUUUAUUCUGGUGUGUUUGAGGAUAUGCCACACACAUGGCUGGUUUUGGUUCGAUGACUCAAAAGAAAAUAUGAAGGGCGCACAGACACCGGCCUACCUGACAACCACAAGGCCCACAUCACCACCGAGGACAGAACCGCCCAGAACAGCAGAAGAAAGUGGAGUGUCGCUGUUGCAGUUAAUUGGUGAUCCUCCACCUGUUGGUGUCUCCAAAGUCUUUGACCAUGAUAACAGCCCUGGCUAUGUGUUUGACCAAAGCUCCAAUGUGGGUCAGUCAGCUGCGGCCCACCUGCCCAACCCUUUCUUCCGUGACUUCUCCCUUAUCUUCAACAUAAAACCCACAUCCUCCAAGCCUGGUGUCAUCUUCUCCAUCACUGACCCAACCCAGAACAUCAUGUAUGUUGGUGUGAAGCUGUCAGCAGUGGAGAAGGGCAAGCAGUAUAUCAUCUUCUACUACACUGAGCCAGACUCUGAGAGCUCAUACGAGGCGGCCAGAUUUUCCGUGCCCUCCAUGGUGAACACCUGGACCCGGUUUUCCAUCAGUGUUUUGAAUGAGCGUGUUUCCCUCUACUUCAACUGUGACUCAGAUCCUCAGGUCAUCUCUUUUGAGCGGUCUCCAGAUGAUAUGGACCUGGAUGUCGGGGCUGGAGUGUUUGUUGGUCAUGCCAGUGGAGCAGACCCUAAUAAGUUUUUGGGUGUUAUCGGCGAUGUAAGGGUUUUGAAAGACCCUGGGGCGGCUGAACGGCACUGUGAAGAAGAUGAGGAUGACUUUGAUGCGGGAUCAGGUGAUUACGGAGCAAGUGGAGAUGGAGAAGGACGACCAUCAAUCCAGCCGACACCUCCCUCCUCUCGGCCGAUCCAGCAGCCGCCGGUGACCAGCAGACCACUUGUUGAGAAGCAGCUGACAGGUGGAAAAGGAGAGAAAGGAGACAGAGGAGAGAAGGGUGCUAAAGGUGAGAGGGGUCUUGUGGGACCGAAGGGUGAUUUAUGAUGUUGUUGUUGUGGUGGUGGUGAAGAAGAGGAGGGUGACCCAGGAGAGAAAGGAAUGAAGGGUAGUUCUGGUUUUGGUUAUCCUGGAUCAAAGGGUGAUCGGGGCCCUCCUGGGCCUCCAGGGCCUCCUGGUCCCCCAGGGCCAAGUGCAGAGGUAGAAUUGAGGGGAGAUGGGUCAGUGUUGCAGAAGGUGGCAGGACCAAGAGGACCACCUGGACCAGUAGGACCAGAUGGAGGUGCUGGUGGUGAUGGUGGGGCUGGUGACCCUGGUGAAGAUGGAAAAGCUGGCCAAGUUGGACCUCCUGGUUUUCCAGGAACUCCUGGGAGUCCUGGACCCAAAGGAGAGAAAGGAGAACGAGGUGAAAGUCAACCAGGACCUCGAGGGCCUCCAGGGCUUCCAGGUCCACCGGGACCCCCAUCUCUCUCUGAUAGGCCUACAUUUGUGGACAUGGAGGGUUCUGGAUUUGAUUUGGACAGUGUGCGGGCAAUGCCUGGUUUGCCUGGCCUACCUGGUCCUCCUGGUCCCCCUGGUCUCCCUGGUCCUCCUGGCCCUGGGUCUUCAGGCCCUGGUGGUUUUGGGCCUCCAGGUCCUCCUGGGCAAAAUGGAGCUCCAGGUCAACCGGGACUUCCAGGUACACCAGGUGCUGAUGGAAAACCAGGCUUAACAGGCCCAAAAGGAGAGAAGGGUGAUUCCGGUGAGCUGGGCCUACCUGGACCUGUGGGAGAGAAGGGUGCCAAAGGUUCUUCUGGUUCCCCUGGCCUUCCUGGAGAGGGUGGACUUGCUGGUCUUCCAGGACCAAUGGGACCUGUUGGACCACCAGGGCCACCUGGUCCUCCUGGCCCAAGAUAUCAUGUUGGUUUUGAUGAUAUGGAGGGUUCUGGUGUUCACUUCAGUUCAGUCCCUGGACUAAGAGGACCAGUAGGAAUCCAGGGACCUCCUGGUGUCCCAGGACCACAAGGUACGCCUGGUUUCCCAGGAUUUCCUGGUGAGAAAGGCAGUGAGGGGCCUCAGGGAAAAGAUGGCCAACCUGGUUUGGAUGGCUUCCCUGGACCACAGGGACCGAAGGGCAACAAGGGAGACCGAGGCGACAGGGGUGAACCUGGUCGAGAUGGAGCUGGACUUCAAGGUCCACCCGGCCCCCCUGGACCACCUGGACAAAUUAUUUAUGGUUAUUCUGAAAAUAAUGAUGGAGGAGCAGGACCUCGGGGUGGGGCUGGUCUUCCUGGUCAAGCAGGAUUCCCAGGCCCGUGGGACCAAAGGGUGUCAGAGGAGAACCUGGUUCACCAGGCUACGGCAUUAAGGUUUGGUGAGAAAGGAGAACCCGGACUUAUUCUUGGACCUGAUGGAAACCCACUUUACCAUGGUGGACUGACAGGCCUAAAGGGUGAGAGUGGGCUUCCUGGACCAGUCGGACCUCCUGGUCCAGCUGGACCUCCUGGUUUGAAAGGUGAAUUUGGAAUGCCAGGCAGACCUGGUCGCCCAGGUGUAAAUGGAUACAAAGGAGAGAAGGGAGAGUCAGGGUCAGGCUCUGGAUAUGGCUACCCAGGUCCCCCUGGUCCCCCAGGGCCUCCUGGUCCCCCUGGACCUGCUCUGCCCUUGGACCGAUUCAGUAGAUAUGAAGAUUAUUCGAGACAGUAUCCAGCUAUAAAAGGAGAUAAAGGAGACCAGGGAGCUCCUGGAGUUCCAGGGUCACCAGGUUUUUCCUCUAACGUUGAUAUCUAUGCCCUCAAGAAUGAGAUGAAGGGGGAGCAGGGGGAGCCCGGUCUGAAAGGAGAGAAAGGAGAGCCAGGAGGAGGAUUUUAUGACCCUCGUUUUGGAGCUGUACAGGGACCACCAGGAAACCCUGGACCUACUGGACCUAAAGGAGACUCAAUCAGAGGUCCCCCUGGACCACAGGGCCCACCAGGAGCACCUGGUGUUGGUUAUGAUGGUCGUCCAGGAAACCCAGGACCUCCUGGACCCCCUGGACCUCCAGGGUCACCGUCAUUGCCAGGAGCCUACAGACCACAACUCAGUAUUCCUGGACCUCCAGGUCCCCCGGGACCUCCUGGAGUUUCUGGCACUGGAUCUGGAGUGACUUUCCUGAGGUCUUAUGACAUAAUGAUGGCUACGGCACGCAGACAGUCUGAAGGUGCUUUGAUUUACAUUUUGGACAGAAACGAUCUCUACCUCAGAGUUCGGGAUGGUGUCAGACAAGUGAUGCUUGGAGAUUAUAAAACCUUCUAUGGAGAGCUGGACAAUGAAGUGGCAGCGGUCCAGCCGCCCCCUGUUGUUCACUAUUCCCAAGACCACACAGCUGACAAUGGAGCAGAGCAGAUUUCCCCACCGCACCAGCCGAUCGAGUUUCCAAGGAGGGAGCCAGAGAAUAGAAACCCCAGUCCGACUGACUCCCGUUACCCAGAUCCACAAUACCCACCUUACACCGAUCCUGUACAACCACACAGACACCCCGUUCAACCUGAGAGGAACCCCAUCACUCCAGCCCGCCGCCCUAGCCCCCCUGUCAAUCAACCAGAGGGCCACACCCACACUUCUGGACCAGGGUUGCAUCUUAUCGCCCUGAAUUCUCCACAAGUGGGUAACAUGAGAGGCAUUCGUGGGGCAGACUUCCUGUGCUUCCAGCAGGCUCGCGCCGUGGGCCUGAAGGGAACAUUCAGAGCCUUCCUGUCCUCCAAACUUCAGGAUCUCUAUAGUAUCGUCCGCAGAUCUGACAGAGAGACAUUACCGAUUGUUAACCUCAAGGAUCAAGUCCUUUUCAGAAGCUGGGAGUCUCUCUUCAGUGACUCAGAGAGCAGGAUGAAGGACAAUGCUCCUAUCUACUCAUUUGAUGGCAGAGAUGUCCUGCGGGACAGUGCCUGGCCAGAGAAGAUGAUCUGGCAUGGUUCCAGUGGCAGGGGUCACAGGCAGACGGAUAAUUACUGUGAGACGUGGAGGGCCGGAGACCGUGCGGUGACAGGCUUGGCCUCGUCUCUGCAGGCUGGCCAACUCCUCCAGCAGACCUCCAGCAGCUGCUCCAGUUCCUACAUUGUGCUGUGCAUCGAGAACAGCUACAUGACACAAUCCAAGAAAUAAAGCCGUCCUAAAGAGCCUUUGAACACUCAACACAACCGUUUAUACAGGCCCAGUUUCACUCCAGCAGAUGCCUGUAUCUAAUGAAAAAAAGAAAAGAAAAU